AUGUUCACGACACAUGGAGCCGAUCUGGUAUCGGGAUCCAGAGAGACCGAAAUCGCAUUUCUAAAUGGAAAAACUGAGUUUUUACCCACUGUCAGAACCACAGUGGAGCCCAAAAGUAAUGAGUCGUGUGGAGAGCAACACACUCUGGACUUGGACUUGACUAAGACAGUCAUCAUUGGGAUGAUGCUCAGCAUUAUAACCGCGGUCACUGUGAUGGGAAACACUUUGGUAGUGAUUGCGGUGUGUGUCGUGAAAAAACUAAGACAGCCGUCAAACUAUCUUCUAGUUUCUCUUGCCAUAGCGGAUCUGUCUGUGGCAGUUGUGGUGAUGCCCUUUGUCAUUGUGACUGACCUGACAGGAGGCGUCUGGCUGUUCGGGGAGGUUUUCUGCAACAUCUUUAUUGGGAUGGAUGUCAUGUGCUGCACGGCAUCAAUAAUGACAUUGUGUGUGAUCAGUGUGGAUAGAUACCUUGGAAUCACUCGGCCUUUGACUUACCCUGCAAGACAAAAUGGACAACUAAUGGCCAAGAUGAUAGUCGGUGUCUGGUUAGUGUCGGCAUCCAUCACUCUGCCCCCAUUUUGUGGCUGGGCUCAUAAUAUCAACACUGCAGGGGUUUGUCUGAUAAGCCAAGAUGUGGGAUACACCCUCUACUCCACUGCUGUGGCCUUCUACAUCCCAAUGGUGGUCAUGCUUUUCAUGUAUUACAAGAUCUUCAAGGCUGCCCGCAAAAGUGGGGCAAAACACCAAUUCACUGCACUUUCACCAAUUCAGGUAACGUGUCCCGAGCCAACCUUAGCCACUGUGGAGGGUGUCUGUAUGCAUGGGUUGAAGAACACCUCAGGAACCGAGGAGUUCUCCACCUUGUCCUGCCUGUUGAACCGCGAGCGUCGUAGCGCCUCCAUUUUCAGAUGCGAGCAGAAGGCGGCCACCACCCUUGGGGUGAUCAUGGGAGUUCUUUCGUUCUGCUGGUUACCCUUUUUUCUCUUCACCAUAGCAAGGCCGUUCAUUUGUGGGCUGUUCUGCAACUGCGCCCCUGUCUGGUUGGAGCGGGUACUGUUGUGGUUGGGCUACACCAACUCACUCAUGAACCCUUUCAUCUAUGCCUUCUUUAACCGAGAUCUGCGCGCCACUUAUAAAGACUUACUUCGCUGCCGCUAUCAAAACAUCAACCGUCGGCUCUCGGCUAUGGGAGUGCAUGAGGCUCUAAAACUCUGA